AUGUCCACCAUCGCCGGUCUUGUCCCUUCUGUAUCGCCAAUGGAGGAAACCACGCCCGAGGCAUCGACGAGCUGCCACCCCCUCAUGGCUCUCCCUCUCGAGCUCCGCCUUCUCAUCUGGGAGGCCUUGGCCGCAGAGCCCCGCGUCUUCGAGUACAGAGAAGACACCUACCUCAUCAAGCCCGCCCGCGAACACCGGCACGCGCGCCACGUCGGCCUCGGCAUCUGCGCCGAGUCUCGGAAGGCCGUCCAAGCCCUCCUCCGGCCCUUCCCCUACCCCCUCGACAUCCAAAAGGAGUCCCGUCCCUCCCCGUCUGCACUGGAAUAUGUCCCAAGCUCUGACAUUGUCUAUCUCCCGCCGCUCGUGUACCGCUGCCGCAUCGGGGCGUGGGACUCUCCAUGGACGACGAAGCCCGGCAUCAUGAACGUGGGGAUCCACUGGUCUGUCCUGCCGGAUGAGCGACGCAUCGUCGAGGCCCUCAAAGUAUGCUCGCGGUGUUUCACGGACAUGACGAGGCUGGUGAUCUUUAUCGAGUUCAAGCCGCUCCCGCAGACCGAGGAGGAGAUCGGAAACGGCGGGUUCGUGAGGUUGUUAGGUCCUGCGGAGGACGACUUCCGGCUGCCGCCGCUGUUCUCCGAGGCGCAUGGGCUGAUGGAUGAGUUUUGGACCUGGGGUGAGCUGAGGAUUGCUAUCGAGAAGGUGAGGAAGGAGGUGAAGGGGAUGCCAGAAGUUGAGGGGGUGCUGUACUGCAGGGAGGUGGAAGAGGUGUUUGUUUGCUGA